AUGUCCGCUGAUCGUGUAUUAGACAAGAAAGGAGAGACUCUCACGCAAGGGGACUACGUUCACAUCAAGUCCCGUGGUGGACAUCGGGAGGGUGAGGUUGACAAGAUCGUUACCGACCAGGAAGGAGCUCAGGCUGAAAGGGUCGUGAAUCCGCCCAAGUUGCAUCCCAAAUCUGAUGCGCUCUCGACACAGGUCAUCUUCACCGAUCAACACGGGCACAGGGUGUCCCAUAAUCCACAAUCGGUGGAUAAGCAGCCGCGGGUCGAGGGUUAA